GUUGUUCAUAAAAACUUGCUUGCUGCAUCUGUGGUCCUCGGGUGUGAAUGUGGGAACGCUGUGAACAUAGAGAGACGAUCAGGAGCAACUGUGAACAAGAAUGUUUCAACAAGGUAAUAAAUAAAUAAUUUUGUUAUUUUUUUUUGUAAUGGAAGAUGCGUUCACCACAAUGUUAGCAGAUAAUUCAGACACAAACUCCCGUAACUUAUUUUCAAUAUUUUCUAUUGUAGCGCUGUCUCUAAAGUACCAGCGGUCAGCACCAUGGACUUACUCGACCCAAGCAGUCACGAGACGUCGGGCACGGCAACUCCCACGCAAAUGACAUUCACAUCGCACGUGAAACGCGACAGAAAUCACGUGCCUAAAUUGGCAUUUGUUUCCGCCCAACUUGAGAAGGUGAAUUAAUUAAACGAUUUAUGUACUAUUUAAAACACAAGCAGAAGUGCUUUAUCAGAUAUAAAACACGAGGCGACAGCCGAGUGUUUUACAUCUGAUAAAGCACGCACUGCGACUGUUUUAAACGGCUUAAACAACGACCCAUCUUAUGAAUUCAUUGGCGAAGUAAUUUUAAAAAUUAACGUCGUCUACGCCGAGAAAAUCAAAGCUAAAGUUUAUGUAAAUGAAUAUGAUUUUUUAUCACGUAUAAAACCACCAACACAGUAUUGAUUUCCUGUGUCUUUCCCUUAUGAAUUAUUAAUGCUGUUUUAAAAUUAGUUAUUCUUAUGUAGCGCUAUUCGCUUUGUUACUGUUAGACUCAUUGUAUGCAUUAUUGAUCCAAAUCAAUUUGUGAAAACCUAAAGCCCAAGGUUGUUACAAGCUUGUUGCGAACGUGUUGCGAGACUGUUGCGUGUAUGUUGUAGGCAUGGUUGCGAGAUAUUAUGUUGAAUGAAUAUGUGAACAAGAAAAACACCAUGAGUACAGUCUUGAAAAAUGUUGAUGAAACUAUGAAAUUAAAACGGUGAGCGCUUGGUCAGGGCUUUUGUAUAAAAUAUGCCUGUUUUCGCCAUACCUUUGUCACAGAAUAAAGAUCAGUACCAGAAGGGCCACUCAGCGGUGCAACGUGUCACCAUUUUUCUAUGCAAAAAUAUGCAAUUGACUGGCCAGGAAGAUGGCGGCCAGCCAAUACAGCGCGUUUAUUGGCCAGAAAAUGUAAUCGACUGUGGCCCUUCUGUGUGCCUUAUUCUGUGCCUUUGUGACUAUAAAGUAUGCCUGUUUUUGACUUACCUUAUAGCCAGGGUUUGUAGCUAUAAAAUACGCCUGGUUUCGUACUAACAUGACUGAAAUAAUAUUUUUGCAGGAGUCUUAUCUUGAGUUUCUGUCGGGCACUACAGAUGUCUGUUUCUGAUUACUCGAUGCGAGCACAGGUACGAAUCAAAAAAGAUUUUUGUUUUUGUGCUAAAAAAACAGUGGUGCCUAAAUUACUUUGAAUUUGUACUUGAGUAAAAGUAGAAGUAAUUAACAAUAAAACGACUUGAGUAAGAGUAAAAAGUACUGGAGACAAAACGUACUUAAGUAAAAAGUACAAAGUAUCCUGAAAAAAUACUUGAAGUACAAAGUAAAAGUAAAAGUACUAUUGUCUAUAGCGUGUAGGGGACUUCUCCAAUGGAUUGACAUACAAAAGACACAAAACAACAUACGCAUUAUAUGCGUGCACCAUAAUAUACAAUAUUUCACGGCAUGGUCAACUUUCCAGACCCCGUUGAAGAUAUAAGAAAUCCAUUAAAUAAAUUAUGCUUAUAAGUAAGCCACAAACGAGAGGUCCCAGACGCAUGUAGAGGUUCUAUUACCUAUCCCAAAAUUAAAAUACAUCGGGAAUAAAUCACGUAAAAUUAAACAAAUGUGAGAAAGUAACGAAAUACUUCACCACAAAAUGAAAAUAACGAAGAAAAACGUUACUUCUUUUAAACAACUUCGUUCCAAGUAAAAGUACUCCAGAAAAAGUUUACUUUGUUACAUGCUCACUUCUCAAAAAUAGUACUCAAGUACAGUAACGAAGUACAUUUACUUCGUUACUUGACACCACUGUAAAAAACCAAAGUGAAUGAAGCAGAAUCCAAACCCUUCAGAAAGUCAACGACAAUUAUAUUGUCGCGUCUGAUUUUUGACACGACUGUUCCGGAACAUUGAAAAUUAUCCGGAAUUACAGUAAUACCUCAGUUAUUAACAUUGUGAGUUACAUUUUAUUUUCUAUUUCUCUUAGAUAAUUGCGUAUUGUGGAAGCCUGCUCGACCUUAUGAGCCAUUUUCCAACGACUAGGUACUUAUGGGUAACAAAUUUCUAAAAUCUAUAUGCCCCCCUGUCAAGCCUGAUCUUAGGGUAUUUAACGCAAAUCUUUGUCGUGUUUUAGGGAUUCUCAUUUCAUGAUUGGCGAAGAAUUCGAACCGAAAUCUGAUGAGCAGGAUAAACUGGUUGACGAUUCGACUCCGUAAGUAAACGUCACUGUUCUGAUACCGUUGAAAUAGAAUGGAACAAAGGUAACCAAGCAUUUGAAUUAUAUAUGUGAGUGAAUUGAUAACUCACAUGUCUAGUUACCACUGUUCUGAUAAUGUAAGCAUAGAAUGGAACAAAGGUAACCAAGCAUUUGAAUUAUAUAUGUGAGCAUAGUUAAUAGAGGAGAUGGUUUGGAAACUCGUUAGCAUUACAAUAAAAUCACAAUAAACCUCAUUAUCUAUGUUGUUCAGGUUUAUGUAGUCUUUCAUCGUCACGUGCGUAUUGUAUUUUUCUCAAGUCAACCAAUAGGAAUGUUCAAAAUGUCCUAUUGUUAAAGUCAUGGAUGGGCAAUUGGACAAAACCGUUGCUAUUGGCUGGUUGAGCAAAAAUACAAUACGCACGUGACGAUGAAAGACCACAUUUUUGCAUUAACCUGAACAAAAACAUAGAUAGUGAGGUUUAUUGUACUGCUAAUGAGUUUCCAAACCAUCUCCUCUAUUAACUAUGAUGUGAGUGAAUUGAGUGGGAUAACUCACAUGUCUAGUUACCACUGUUCUGAUAAUGUAAGCAUAAUGGAACAAAGGUAAUCAAGCAUUUGAAUUAUACUGUAUAUGUGAGUGAAUUGGGUGGGAUAACUCACAUGUCUAGUUAGUAGUUACCACUGUUCUGAUAAGUCAUAGCCUAUCGAAUGGAAGAUGGCUGUGAAACUCAUUAGAAUAACAAUAUAACUCAUUAUCUAUGUUGGUCAACGUUUAUUCAUAAAUCUGGUCCUUCACCGUCACGUGUGUAUAAUUGUAUUGUAUUUUUGCCAAAUCCACCAGUAGCAAUGUUUUAGGAAAGUUACACUGUACCUAUCCGUGACUCGAGCAAUAUAGGGGAAACUGGAAAUUGCUAUUGAUAGUUUCGGCAAAAAUACAAUACACAUGCACGUGACGGUGAAGGACCAGAUUUAUGAAUAAACGUUGACUAACAUAGCUAAUGAGUUCAUAUUCUUAUUCUAAUGAGUUUCACAGCCAUCUUCCCUUCGACAGGCUAUGGAUAAUAUAAGCAUGGAAUGGAAUUUACAUUGUAUAUGCAUGUGGGCGAAUUUAUAUAAAGUGUAUGAAUUGAGUGUAUGAUAAUUUAUUUUUUUAGUCUAUAUAUUAUUUUCUCAAUUCGAUUAUUGUUAAUGGAAGGAUGUUUUCUUUUAUGCAGAACUUUCACCCCACGUGAGCGCAAGCUACUGUCACAUGACGGUCAACAUUUGGUUAAUCUUUGGUAUAUACCACAUUACACUGAGGUACGUUUGUAUCUGUACUAGUAAUGAUAUCUAUUCUUAACUGUAAAUAAAGUUAUUUUUUAAGCAGCAUUUCUGAGUAUAUAUUUAUAUCUUCCAAAUCGAUUUUUUCUGUAGAUACUGACGAUGUUUGGAAAAUUAUCAAGGGCUGAGCGAACCAAGUCUCUUAAAACAGUUCUGGUAAGCACCUUUUCUUUUGGUUAAACUAGUUAUAAAUCGGUUUAUACUUUUAUGUCACAGUUACUUUUAGCUCGAAAGGUCACCAUCAGUGACGUCUAAGGCCAUUUUUUAUUUUUAGCAAAUCGUAUCAUCACUUCAUGACAUUUGCCAGUAUCUAUGUGCGCAUGCGCGCCUGGGGAGCUCACACGCACGACUUGGUUCUCAAAAGUUGGAAUUCUCUGGCGUGACCGCCGACUGGGGAGGAACGGAAGGGAUAGGUAGGGAUAUUAUCUUAUACUAAAACAUAUGAUGUACCCGAGCAGGUUUCUAACGUGAAAAUCGGCUACACAACUUGUCAACAAGAUGUGUUCGCACUGCUUGUUACCAGUUGUUGACAAGUCUGGAACAAGUUGUUAUCAUCUUGUAACAAGGUUGAUGAGGCCAACAAACUCGCAACAAGUUGUCCCAACAAGUCUGAUAUCGUCUGCACGUAACAAGUUGUUAACAAGUUGAUGACAACAAGCUCGUAGCAACUUGUUACGAACAGUCUGUAUUAGUCUUGUUGGAACAAGGAUUAUGUUCGUAUUUCUUGUAUUUGAUAGUUUUUCUGUCUGUGCAGGUGCAGAGUUACGUGAAAUACAGAAACAGAUAAACCAUCUUGAAAAUUCCACAGACCCAGAACAGGUAUACGAUUGAAUAACUUGUCACUUAGUACAGGAAAUUACUCGCGGUUCGAGUAUUAAUUAUUUUGAUCAACUUCUGCUAGAAAAACUACCUGUCGCGUCUUGAAAUGCUAGCGUACUUUACAAGACGUGAAAAUAUGCAUCUUGCCUUUGUCAACAGAGCUUGGAUGACGUCUAAAACCCCUGCUAGACUUUUAAUUAUUCAUUUCUUUUGUCAGCUAUAGGAUUAAUGUCAUUGUGUAGAUAGCCGUCGUCCUGACGAUCUCCGUCCUACAUGCAACCUAAACUCCUUAUUUAUAGACUCCCAAAUGACCAAAUCCCAGUGGCGAAGCUAGCCAUGGCAACUGGUCAUGCUAUGCUAAUAAACCUGCAUCAAAAAUAGGUCAAAGGCAAUACAUUUCUACUGAAAGGUUUCGAUAAUGCAUAUCAUUAAAAAUUCGCGUAGCAUGACCUGUUGCUAUGGGUAGCUUCGCCACUAGCAAAUCCCAAAUAAUGUGUUGGUUUGAAGUGCGUUUAUGUACACCAGUAUGUAUAUUUACCAUGCACACUGCCAUUUUAUUUUCCACUAGAUCGCGGAGUUCUUACGUCAUAGGCGUGACGUCAUGUACUUGGAGUUUGAUAUAUCAGUGAGUCACUGUGUCCCGGACACCUUCCUGCAGACUGGGAACGAGAUUGCGUGCGAGGUAUGUGAGGAUAUUUUGUAUAUUGUUUAUGGGAGUGAAACGUGGUUGUCCAGUGUAGGUGGUAUUCUACAAUAAGCUGCCGUGGUUUGUGUCUGAACUACCUGAAAAAGAUAUCUCAAACGUGGUGGUCCAGUGUAGGUAGUAUUCUACAAUAAGCUGUCGUGGUUUAUGUCUGAACUACCUGAAAAAGAUAUCUCAAACGUGGUGGUCCAGUGUAGGUAGUAUUCUACAAUAAGCUGCCGUGGUUUAUGUCUGAACUACCUGAAAAAGAUAUCUCAAACGUGGUGGUCCAGUGUAGGUAGUAUUCUACAAUAAACUGUCGUGGUUUGUGUGUGAACUGCCUGAAAAAGAUAUCUCAAACGUGGUGGUCUAGUGUAGGUAUAGUAUUCUGCAAAUCAGCUGUCGUGGUUUGUGUCUGAACUACCUGAAAAAGAUAUCUCAAACGUGGUCCAGUGUAGGUAGUAUUCUGCAAUAAGCUGUCGUGGUUUGUGUUUGAACUACCUGAAAAGAAUCUCAAACGUGGUGGUCCAGUGUAGGUAGUAUUCUAAAAUAAGCUGCCGUUCAUGGUUUGUAUUUGAACUGCCUGAAAAAGAUAUCUCAAACGUGGUGGUCCAGUGUAGGUAAUAUUCUACAAUAAGCUGUCGUGGUUUGUGUCUGAACUACCUGAAAAAGAUAUCUCAAACGUGGUCCAGUGUAGGUAGUAUUCUUAUACAACAAGCUGCCGUGGUUUGUGUCUAUUUUUUUUUGCAUUCAAAUACGUGAUUAGCACAUUAUUUUCUCUGACAACUGCCGGUUGUUUAAUUGAACACCAUCUGCUGCGCGAUAGUGCUUAAAGUUAUCAGCGAUAUUGAAAACGUUAUAUCUAUUGAUGUUUUGAGCCAGACGUUUCUCAUGCAUAUUUAAAAAGGACGAAUUUAGUUAUAAUUUGAUUGUUUACAGUCAAGCCUAACGCCAGGGAACUCAAAUAUACCGCUGUUAAUUAAUAAUAUCAUAGAUGAUGGCCGCACGUAGUCAAAUCCAACUUUAGGCCAUAUGGCACACAGAAAAUUAAUGUAUUCUAUGUCAAAACAUUUCUGAUAGCAUGUAGGACUCAACUUGAUGUAAUUUUAGUUCGCGCUUGGAAAGACUAACGCACACUAUAUACUUCAAGUUAGAAAAUGAAUAUUUGAUUUUGCCGUUUAAACAUUGCAGACAAAGCGGCCUCUCGGUUAAAGAGCGGGAAGCGAGCGACAUCACAAUUGUGAAAGGAUUCUACGUAACAUAUAUUUGUAAACAAACUUGGAUGAUUUCUAAGAGUCACAACAAACUGUCGGGCCUUCAUAAAAUGAAUUUUGAAUCCUUGUAUUAAAUAGUCCAAGCUUAACUGAAUGAAACGGCGUAAAGAAAAUCGAACCUACAACUUAUUAUUUAGCGCAAAGGAUUGUGCACAUACAUUUGGUAACAUUUAGUGUUGACUCGAAAGUUCUAAAAUACAAGUCACUUCAAAAUGGACCUUUUUUAUGGAUAUUUGAUGUUCGGUAAGAUUAUUUCCUUUGGAUCUGAUUAUAUAUAGCUAGAGACUCUAAUGAAGCCGCAAUAAAUUUUGCAUUUUUAUUCAAAGACAUUAAAGGUCAUAUACUACUUUUCAAUACAAAGUGCAAAGGAUUAAUUGACUAUAAGGUUUCUCUAUGGUAAAAGUGCCUUUGUGUGGUUUGGACUGUGGGAUUUGAUAUUGCAACAUUAACGGGCUUUUCUGCAGUGGGCUGAAGCCAUAAACAGACGCGAUUACAUAUAUAACAGCAUAUUGAAGCUGCCAUAAACUUUGCAUUUGUGCUUAAGAUGGCGCAAAGCUCUUCUACUUUUUACUGAAAACAUUUUCUAAUGGAUAUUACAUCAACUGUAGCGAGUUAAACGGUAUUAAACUCAGAAGGCAGAAACGGCUAGGAACUCGAGGACUCUUAUCAGCGUAUAUUAAAGCUGCCAUAAUACUUUUCAUUGGAAACAUUUGCCAAUGGAUAUUAGACUAAAUGCCGCCGGAUUAAAAGAUUAAAGAGAAGCGAACAGGCAAUAUAUACUACUAUAAAAUAAUGUAUUAAGACUAUACCAGACGUUUUGCACAUUGCCAUAGGGCGGCGAAAAGUUCCUAUAUUUUUCAUUCCGGAGAACACUUUCCUAUAGAGAAUCCAUGCAUAUCUAAUUUGCUAAAAAUAGGAACAGAUUAAACCAAUCCCCAUCACGUUGGAAUAUUCUGGUUUCUAUAAUAAAGUUCGGAUUAUGGCCUACCAAAGUAAAUUAAAUGGGAUGCCGACUACAUGGAUGGCCAUUACAUUGCUGUGACAUUGCUAAUUUCCUUCAGUUAAAGACUUUUCAAAGAGAAUUGACUUUUAUACUUGGGAAAAAUUUCGAGAAAAGUUAAAAGAUAGAAUAUUCAUCAUCUAUUCAUCUAAAUUCAAGGAAUACAGAGAUAUCGCAGUAAAAACUGAAGUGUUUCAAGUGCAUAUACAAUGGACUUUGGGACGUGGGCAAACAUGCUCGCAUUAUGCGUCGUUAACGGCUUCUUCGCCUUGGCAGGAAUCUUUCUAA